AUGGAAGCGAUCUCUCGGAUCGCGGUGGCGGACAGUACGGCUGGCAUCUCGGAUCUGAGCGUACUGGUGGGUGGAACGGGUGAAUCCGCGGUAGCGUCUUCGUUGGCCGGUUACUCUACUGCGCUCGGUGCAUUGGAUCAGGCGUGGAAGAACGAUCCUCGUGCGCUAUGGUCGAGUUUCGCCAUGAUCAUCGUCUCGGAAAUCGGCGACAAAACUUUCCUCAUAGCAGCGAUCCUCGCCAUGCGCCAGAACAAAGUAGUGGUCUUCUCCGGCGCGUUUGCGUCUCUCGCCGUCAUGUCGGUUCUCUCCGCUCUGCUUGGCGUUAUGUUCCCAUCGCUGCUUCCACGCAGUGUAACCAACCUGAUGGCUGCAGCCCUAUUCCUCGUGUUCGGGCUCAAGAUGCUUAAAGACGGGCUUGGCAUGAGCGGCGAUGAGAUCAAGCACGAGUGGGAAGAGGCGGAACGCGAGAUUGCGCAAGAGCAAGAUUCGCACGAGAUGGAUACGUUGGAACAAGGAUGCUCGCCUCCGGUAUCGUCGCACUCUAUCAAGAAAGAUAGAGGGAUGACGUCGACAAUGCGAGAGGGAGCCAAGAACCUGUGCGGACUGUGCUUCUCGCCCGUGUUCGCGCAGGCGUUUGUGCUGACGUUUCUGGGCGAAUGGGGCGACCGAUCGCAGAUUGCAACUAUCGCGCUCGCUGCAGCGCACAACGUGGCGCUCGUGUGUCUGGGGACCAUUCUAGGCCACGCAUGCUGCACCAGUAUGGCGGUCAUAGCAGGUAGCUGGUUGGCCAGUAGGAUUAGCGUCAAACACGUCACGUUGGGAGGCGCCAGUCUGUUUUUGCUCUUUGCUCUCGUGUACGCCUGGGAGGCGCAUUCCGAUCGACAUGGCGUGCAGAGCGUCGUCGACGCUGCCAACGCGGCUGUGCGGGCGCGAGCGCUGCUCCUCCCCAUACAAGAAUAG